AUGUCCCAGGAAGACACCCAGGAGUGCACCGAACCCACCGAGCAGAAGGCCAAGGCCCCCCCGGAGAAAACCAGCGACUAUUACCGCGUGAGCAAGGACCUGCCGGUCAGGUUCAACAACCCGGCGUGGUUUCGGGGCUACAGGACCAGGGAGCCUGCCUCCAUGUAUAGAACCAGCAACCAGGCUUACGGAGGCCACGCCCCCACUGUCCAUGAGAUGCCGAAAGUAUUUUACCCUACUUCAAGCAAAUUUUCUCAAGGACUUGCAGCCUUUGGGAUGUACCGGAACAAUACCUUGAAUGUCUGCAUGGAAAAGAGUUUUGUGACAGGCCCAGAUAACUACAUCACCCCCUGUGACCGCCUCAACUUCCACCCCAGCUACAACCCAAACAAGCCAUCCAUCUGCAACUAA